CGGAAAAGCAGAAAACAGAAGAACUCGCCACCCACGAAAUACCAGAUGGAUGUUUUGAAGUUUUCGUUGCUUAUCUGCGUUCUCCUAUGCCUUAAAGGAACCAUCCUUCAAGCGCAAACAAGCAUGGAAAAUGUGAAAGCAAUAUGGAGUCGUUAUGCAAAAGUCACUAGUGGACUUAGCACGUACUAUAAUGACUACCCAGGAGGUGGAGCAUGCGCUUUAGAUCCUGUAUCACCGCUGAACAAGCAGCCUGAUUGGAUGCUGGUUGCAGCUGGUAAAGGUGACUAUCAGGAGUCCCUCGGGUGCGGUAUGUGCAUUGAAAUUAAGGCCAACGGGGAACAAGCCACAGCCGCCAGCGGGGGACCCACACCGAUGAAAGGCACCUAUAAGGCAACCAUUUGGGACCUCUGUGGAGGAUGCAAACAAGCUGGUUUCGAUUUUUACAGAAAAGGUUUUGGUAAGUACAAGACUUCAUUCAAGGCAAUCGAGUGCCCCACUGUGCCAGGUAAAGAUGGAAACAUUCAGCUCAGGUUUUCCGGCAGCGACAACUGGUAUAUAAAACUGCAAGCUCGGAACUCAAAGGUGGUAACUGUUGGUAUGGAGAUCGAGCACAAUAACAAGUGGGUUUGUAUGAAACGAACGGCAGAUAACUAUUUUACCAUCAACGGCUUAGGAGAGAUAAAAUUUCCAAAGAAAUUUAGGAUAACCAGCAUCAGUGGCGAGCAACUGGUAGCCACGGUUUCUGAAGUUACAGAUGAUGUGAAUAUUCCCACGAACAUACAGUACUCAGGGUUCAAUCCAGACAGCAAUCCAGAGAGCAUAAAAUGCUACGGACAAGACGGAAAAAGUGAACAACCUAUCGGUCCAACGAAUGCACCAGCUUCAGGAACGGCGGGAGGUACUAAGCCUACCCCGGCUGCAAGUACAAGUCCGUCUGGUGGUCAACCUCUGCCAACAUCCAAGGUACCAACCUCGGCAGGAGGGUCAUCCGCAGGUGGCAGUUCAGCGCCUUUGACAACGGCUGGGGGAAAUAAUAAACCCUCACCAUCACCUACUUCCAAACCUCCUGGAGAACCAGAUGAAAAGUUUUGCAAUGGAAAAGCCGAUGGUUUAUAUGUUGACCCAAACGAUUUCAGCAACUUCUAUCAAUGUGACAAUGGUAUCACCUAUUGGAAGCAUUGUCCAGAGGGACUCCUGUUCAACCCUGACCUAAAUGUUUGUGAUUGGCCUACAAACGUGAAAUAUAGGGCAGGUGGCCAAAAGGACGUUGACGAAGGGCGUCAUCAUGGCGGAAGCAUUAUUCAAAUUUUAAAGAAGAGCGAGGGCUUAGAAACAUCAAUUUUGUCGAAACAGCAGUGACAUAAAAGAUAAUUGCAUAUUCAUACGGGACCUGGCAUGUAUCUGGACUAAGACUAACCUAGUGGCAGAAGCAAAGAUGAAGUUUGAAAUAAUGUUUGUUAUUCUUGCUGACAUCGACUCUAUUUGUCAGGACUAUAAGGGCUGAGCACAGUUUCAUUUUUUUUCAUGCCGCACACCGACGUCAUUCACAACUAGUACUUUCCAUACCGUGCAUGCUUUUGUCACCACAGCCUAUAAUCAAAGUUACGGAAAGUUUUUGUACAUUUAGUCCAGCAAAACAGUUUUGAUUUGUGAGAUUAGUGUUAUGCACGGCAUAUGUCAGUAAACUUAAUCCUAUAAUGUUCAUGUAUAAAGAUUGGUAACCUACCACUUCUUGUUCCUCCAUAUUAUGGAUAAUAUCGCACUGUCUUAUAUAAAAGAUUUAUUGCACGGAA